AGUUUUGGGCGGCCAGGUCUGCAACCAGAGUCAAGCAGAGCCCGGCACCCUCUCAGACUGACGGCGGAGGCGGCGGAGUAGCGCGCAGCCUGGGCUAGGCGCGAAGAGCCUAGAGGAGGUGGUGAGUGAGUGCAACUUCGCGCCGCUCUUCCCAGCUUCGGCUUCUCAAGAGGGUCUCAGCAGCGAGUGCCGCAAGUGCGCUUCGGACGAGCGCGCAGGCAGUCAGGAAGAUGAUGAUGAUGUCCCUGAACAGUAAGCAGGCAUUCAGCAUGCCGCACGGCAGCAGCCUGCACGUGGAGCCCAAGUACUCGGCACUUCACAGUGCCUCUCCCGGCUCUUCCGCACCCACGGCGCCUUCGGCCAGCUCACCCAGCAGCUCUAGCAACGCUGGAGGCAGUGGCGGCGGCGGCGGCGGCGGCGGAGGCCGGAGCAGCAGCGCCAGUAGCAGUGGGAGCAGCGGCGGCGGCGGGGGCUCCGAGGCGAUGCGAAGAGCAUGUCUUCCAACUCCACCGAGCAAUAUAUUCGGCGGGCUGGAUGAGAGUCUGCUGGCCCGCGCUGAGGCUUUGGCGGCCGUGGACAUCGUCUCCCAGAGCAAGAGCCAUCACCACCACCCGCCCCACCACAGUCCCUUCAAGCCAGACGCCACCUACCACACGAUGAACACCAUCCCGUGCACAUCGGCCGCCUCUUCGUCGGUGCCCAUUUCUCACCCGUCCGCGCUAGCGGGCACUCACCACCACCACCACCAUCACCACCACCACCACCAGCAGCCGCACCAAGCACUCGAGGGCGAGUUGCUGGAGCACCUGAGCCCCGGGCUGGCCCUGGGAGCCAUGGCAGGCCCCGACGGCGCGGUGGUGUCCACGCCGGCGCACGCGCCGCACAUGGCCACCAUGAACCCCAUGCACCAAGCAGCGCUCAGUAUGGCCCACGCUCACGGGCUGCCCUCGCACAUGGGUUGCAUGAGCGACGUCGACGCCGACCCGCGGGACUUGGAGGCGUUCGCCGAGCGCUUCAAGCAGCGACGCAUCAAGCUAGGGGUGACCCAGGCCGACGUGGGCUCUGCGCUGGCUAACCUCAAGAUCCCCGGCGUGGGCUCGCUUAGUCAGAGCACCAUCUGCAGGUUCGAGUCCCUCACGCUGUCUCACAAUAACAUGAUCGCGCUCAAGCCCAUCCUGCAGGCAUGGCUCGAGGAGGCAGAGAAGUCCCACCGCGAAAAGCUCACUAAGCCAGAGCUCUUCAACGGCGCCGAGAAGAAGCGCAAGCGCACGUCCAUCGCGGCCCCGGAAAAACGUUCUCUUGAAGCCUAUUUCGCCAUCCAGCCACGGCCCUCCUCGGAGAAAAUAGCCGCGAUUGCCGAGAAGCUGGACCUUAAGAAAAAUGUGGUGCGCGUCUGGUUCUGUAACCAGAGGCAGAAACAGAAAAGGAUGAAAUAUUCCGCCGGCAUUUAGGAGACCCUCGGCCUCUCCAGGGACUGCCCCCUCUGCGUCCUCUCUUUUCCCUCCGUCUUUCUCCUGCUUCUUUUCUUUCUACUUUUGGCGACCAGAAGCAAUUCCGGUGAAUGUGAAUCCAGAAAAAGCGAGGAUUGGAGAGGGAGCGAAAGAGCAAGCAUCUGAGCCCGAGCCCAGCGAGAAUGUGAAACGGUUUCUGAAAGGAAAGAGAAACAAACGUGAUCGGUCAAGUUUUAGCAAAGUUGUCUCUUUCAUCCUCAUCCGGAAAUCACACCUCGGCUUCUUCAGAGGAAGUCUGGAGCUGGCUGUUUGCAGGAAGGCAGACGAUUCAGCCUUUUAAAAGUCCCCAAGAAUGAUCAAGUAAGAUUUGUUUUUAUUCUUAAAGACAUCACCCUUGUUCAAGUUUAAAAGUACACUUUGCAGCUAUUUUUCAGAAAUAGAAAUUGAUUCAGAACUGAAACUUUAACUAGAGUUGAUGCUUAAUGUGAUAGAGACAGCUCUAAAGUAUUUUGGAUUUUAAAAAAGAUGGCAGAUUUUCUGCCUUUACACUGUAUAUGAUAUAUAUAUAUAUAUAUUUUUAUUGUGUUUCUUACCCCUUCUUCCUUUUCUGAAGUGUUAAUGCUUAAGAAAGGAAUUGCGCCUGCUGUGUUCACUGAUCUUGAAAGCUAUUAUUAGAUUAUUGCCGAACAACCCUCUGUAAAUUAUUAAUUUAUCUCUCUAGCAACUUAAUUUUGUGCACAUUCUAAUUAAUUAAACUUCUUUGGUCUUUUAAAAAAUGGGGGAAAUGUAUGGCUAGUGAACUUCAAAAAAUUUGUGUUUCACGAGUUUACUCAAUUUUUACAGCUUUCCCCUUACACUGGGUUCCUUUUUGGCCCAUUUGUAUAGUCUCUCUUUGAAUGAAGAUUGUUUUUCCUUUGUUUUUUUACUGAUAGUGUUCUGAUUUGUGAGUCAACACUCAGUAAUGGAUGUCUUGAUGGUGCAGACCUGAUUCACUGUCUAAAGUAUUGUUUACUUGGUUACAUAUUUAAUGGGGAUUCCCAUAUUAUCCCCA